AGACUACCAAUGUUUGAGUUUUUUAAUGCUUUAAAUCUGGUACAAACAGUAUCAAACAUCUCAGAUAUUGAGUCCUUUGCAAAGCCGUCUUUAGAAGAAGACUGGAUUAAACGUGGAGAAGAGUUUAUGAGAAAUCAGCUAUACAGCUUUGCAGCAGAUUGUUACAAAAAAGGAGGAGAUAAUAUGAAAGAAAAACUUGCUGAUGCAUUUAUACAUUACGAGCGAGCAAGACAAAAUCCAAAAGAUAUGAGAAAAAGCUUUUAUAAAUCAGCGGAGUUAUUCUUUGAAUUAGGGAAAUAUACCUAUGCAGGAAAGUGUCUGGAAAAUACAAAAGAUUUUCGACUGGCAGCAAAGUUAUACGAAAAACGUAAACAGUAUCGUAAAGCUGGUCAUAUGUACAAAAUUUUAAAAGAAACAGAAAAAAGUGCUAAAUGCUUCGAGCGCAUUGGCUACUAUAAUGAGGCAAUUGACUGUUAUCUUCAGCAAAACAUGUUUAAAGAAGCAAUGUUAGUGAUUGAAAGGAACAAUUUAACAGAAGAGGGAACAUAUGGCACAAGAAAUAAUCAAUCUUUAAGAUCCAUAAGCGAAAGCUGGGCUGAUUUAUAUCACAGAAAGAAAGACCUAUCAGGAAUGAUGGUUAUUUUGAAGAAUCUUCCAAUCUCUGAACAAGUGGAAUUUUUAGAAAAACGCCAUACUGAGGAAAAUCAAUAUGUAUAUCAUGCCAAGAACAUAUUUAUCAAAAAUGGUUUGAAACAAAAUGCAGCAGAUUUUUGCCUACGCAAUGGACUUUUUACAGAUGCUUUCUCAAUUUAUAAGGAUAUAGGUGACAUAGAAACAGCUAGUUGGUGUCUGAUUUACGAAACCAGAGUCAAAAUGGAACUAGGUCAGAUUUCUGAAUACCAAUUAGAACAUAAACUACGUCAAGCAAUUAAAUUAUGUGGUAACUCUACUAAUAAUGGCAUCUUAGGUGAUGCAUAUUAUCUACUUGGACUUCUAACCUCUAAAGAAAGAUAUAUUCAAGAAGCUUUGCGUUUGUUUGAUACUUGUGAAUGCAAAGAGAUUAAUUUUCUGGAGAGUACAGAUUGGUUGAUGCGUUUUUCUACCAGGAGUGAUAAGGAUAUCAUGAACAAACUAAUCAAAGGAAUGCUUCGUUUAUUUAAAGUUUUGACACUUUUAACAAGAAGAGCCAAUAAAAUAAACCAGCGCAUUUAUGCACAAUAUGGCGUAACUGUUCAAACAGGGGGUGAAAAGGCAUUUUUUAACCCGAAACAAAAACCACUGAUAAUGAAGCUUCUUAAAAAAAAUUUCAUCCCAAAUAAAAACAGUCCAAUGAAUGCAAAACUUCUGUUGUCAACAAUUCGUUAUGAGAUAAUUUCAGAUUUACUCUCAAAAUGUACAACAUGGUACAUUAAAAUAAAAGCAUUUCUUUCUGACGAUCAAAAUGAUUUACGAUUGUGCACUAGAUACAAAAAAGACCCGUCAAUAGGUAGUUGGUCGCACUGCUGUAAGGGUCUACAUCAGCCAAUGAAUAUAGGUAACUUUGGUAAACUUAUAAAAUCUGACAUAAUUCUCAUAGAGAUAGAAGACAUACUGGAUACUGGCAUUAGAGAUCUAUCAAAUAUACUCAAGGGUAGAGAAAAGACAUUGCUUGCUGAGCAAGAAUUACAAACAGACGUUUUCGUUCUUUGUAAAAGGCUGUUGAAUGAUAUUAUUCAUUUGACUUCUUCAGUGGCUGAUUUCUAUAACGAAUCUAAUGCGUCAGCUAUUUGGUAUCUAAUUUCUGACAUAAAUGGUGUAAAAAGACAGUUACAAAAUUAUGUCACACAACAGUAUUUACGCUUACGCACACAAAAAGAGCAACAUUUAAAUCAUUUUUUGGAAGUCAUGACUGUCAUAAAAGUAUUUGGUAUCCAUGUUGAUACUAAAAAAGACCUGUCAAAAUUUCUUGAUUUCGUUAAAAAUGAAUUUGAUGCAGAAAAUCCUUCGCAUGGGCAUCUGGAAAAGUGUGGAUUUAUUUUUGAUUGCAACACCGGAAAAUUCAAAACCAGCAUAGCUCGACAUUUUGUAGAUGCAUUUUAUGGACUUACCGAUACAAAAGACCCAUUAAAGGCGAUCGAAAAAUUUUCAAAUUUUCUGAUGAACAAAACAAUUGUUACACACAGAAGUUCUCUCUCAGAACUUGGAUUGAAUUUGAUGUGGCUAAGAUUUUAUACUUUCAUUGGUUUAUGUCUUCUGUCAAAAGGUUCCCAUUUGUCAUCGUUUUACAUUCCAUCUUCAUUUCUAUCAAUCGUUCAGUUUAUCGAUAUGAGUGUAAAGCCGUCAACAAAAUGUUCCACUGUGGAUCUUAUUGCUUUGUGUGGCAAUUUGUCAUUUGAUGUUGGUCUUAAACUUGUUGAAAUAUUGAACACAUUUAUACAGGUUACUACUGGAAUUCACAGCAAAACCAAUUUCCUCAAAACUAUAUUUGAUAAACUUAAUGACAUCAAUUCUAGAAACGGAGACACAAUUUCUACGAAUAGGGAACAGUCAAAUUCAGAAAUUGAUAUCAUUUUAUUGGCAGAGGACAUUUUGAUACUCUCUGCGGUGUAUUUGGUGAAUAUUAAUGGACUGUCUCUCUCUUACCUCGAAUCAGCUAUAGUUGAAAGAUUGUUAACAAUUAAGUCAGAUAAUAAAUAUCCUGUUGGAAUGAAAACUUUCUUCAGAUCAUUUACCAGGACUAGUGACACGAAAUGCUUUGGGUUUUGCCUUCGGAACUUCCUGAAUCAAAAAGGAGAAAAACUCCUUAAAUGUACAUGGGACAACAAAAGAAUGAUGUUACAUGCUACGGAAAUCUUCUCGGAUUUAAUAGAGAUUUUCAAGAGUGAAAGUAAAAACAGCACAGCAUCGUCACACCAAACAUAUGCUGACACUGACCCAACAACUGAGCACGCUGAAGAUAGUGACUUUUCAGAUGACGAAGAAUUAGCGGAUUAUAAAUAUAGUAAAGAAAAACAGUCAAGGUCAGCACAGAUUAUAUGUACAUUCUUGAAAAACCUUGUAUUGCGAAGAAAACUGAAAGAAACUAAAAGUGUAAUAGAAAAGCGUGCGAUGUGUAAUUUGUUAUGUGACAUGACUAUAGUUGAUGAAACACAGUGUGAUAUUUGUGGAAUAACAUUUCACAAUUAUGAGAAUGUUGAUGAGAUAGGUCGACUUUUAGACACAGAGUUUCAUGUCUCUUUGCAAUCAUCACAACAACAUAAGUUGUCCCCGGGUUGUAACAGCCAAAGUGGUAAAUCUAUCAACAACCUUUCCAAUCAUAAACAAAGCUCUCGUCAUGUAAUGAAGGAAGAGGAGUUCGAUACUUACAAGAAUGAGUACAAUAGACUUAUACAGCCAGUUGUAGAGAGAGCACACACAUUAAUUACAAAAUAUGACUUGGAGUCUUUAAACUUUUCAGAAUUUCGCGCAACAGAUAGUACCCAAAUAAGACAAUUUGUCAAACUAUUUGAACUUUUAAAAACAGAAGUUGAAGACAUAGUUAUGGAAACACGAUGGCAAUGGAAAGGUGGAAGUGCUUUGGUUGAAAUAGUUGCAGAACUGGAUUCUAUGGAACAAGCUGUAGAGAUAAUUGUGUUGCAUAAAAACAUGGAUACUGAUAUGUCAGAAGAUAUUGAGGAACUCGAGUAUAGACCACGGGACAGUAAAGCAAAGAAAACAUUAAGACAAAAGACAAAAUGGAGCAAAUUAUAAUGACAAUGCUAUUCUCAUGACAACAUAAUGUCAAAAACUUUUUUUAUUUAAAUUCAUUGAUUAGUUUUUAAAUAUAACGAUGCCUAAUGGUUUUGAAUAUUUAAUUCAAAUGGUGGUAAUGUGGAUACAUCGUCUUAUAUGCAGAAAAAAAUAAUCUUAAAAGAUAACUGAAAAUACUUCUUGCUAGCCUGCGACCACAGUCAAUAAUUUUUUAACCCUUCAUAAACUUUUACUUAUCUUAGACAUAUGCUUUUAAAUGGUUAUUGGUCGAGUUCUUCUGUGCGGUUAACAAUGUAAGUUACAGUAAACUGACCUGAUGCUAAUUUUGCUUUAUAUCUUUUUUCUAUCUGUUUUAGUUUUUAUAUAUUAGGACUUUUUGAGAAAUGAUCUUAAAACAGUAAAUGUUCAUUAAAUUAGUAAAAAGCAGUGACACCAAUAAGCAGUCAAUUGAUAAGUUUUGUUAUUUGAUUUAUUCUGAUAUCAUGCCUGCAUGAUAACAGUUUCUGUUAACCUAUUAUAGUUUUCAAGAUGAUGGUAGAAU